AUGACAACAACUAGUAAACCAAGAGAAUCAGUAUUGGAUUACCCAAGAACAUUAUACCCACCAAUUCAACCAUACAAGGAACACCGUCUCAAAGUAUCAGAUAUUCAUGAACUAUACGUUGAAGAGUCAGGUAAUCCUCAAGGCAAUCCAAUACUUUUUGUACACGGUGGACCUGGGGGAGGCUGCAGUGAAUGGUACAGACAAUUCUGUGAUCCACAAGCUUAUCGUAUUAUAAUGUUUGAUCAACGUGGUUGUGGAAAGAGUACUCCACUCUUUUCAUUACAAGAUAAUACUACUUGGCAUCUUGUUGAUGAUAUCGAAAAGAUUAGAAAACACCUUGGAAUUGAUCGUUGGGCUAUUUUCGGUGGAUCAUGGGGUUCUACUUUGGCUCUUGCCUAUGCUGAAACUCAUCCAACCGUUGUUAAAUGUUUAAUUUUACGUGGUAUCUUUACUCUAAGAAGAGAAGAAUUAUUAUUCUUUUAUCAAAAGGGAAGUAAUUAUUUAUUCCCAGAUUAUUUUGAUGAAUACCUUAGUGUAAUCCCAGAAGUUGAAAGAGGAGAUUUAAUGAGUGCCUAUUAUCGUAGAUUAACCAAUGAUAAUGAUAAAGAGACACAGAUGAAAUGUGCACAAGCAUGGACCAGAUGGGAGAUGGCAACUUCACGUUUAAUGGUUGAUGAUGAAAAGAUCAAAGAAGGAGAAGAUCCAGCUUUUGCUUUGGCCUUUGCUAGAAUCGAAUGUCAUUACUUUGUCAAUGGUGGAUUCUUCAAGGAAGAAGGACAACUCCUCAAGAAUGCAACCAUUCUCAAUCAACACAACAUUCCAGGUGUCAUCAUUCAAGGUAGAUACGAUGUAGUCUGUCCAGCCACCACUGCUUGGGAACUUUCAAAGGUUUGGACAAACUCUGACUUGAAAAUCAUUGCAGAUUCUGGUCACAGUAUGUCUGAACCAGACAACAUCAGAGACAAAGGUGGCAGAACUACGGCCCAAACAGAGUAUAAGGGAGCCGAGAAAGCAUUGAAUUUCAUAUGCAUGAAUGGUCAUGACAUUUCCACGUCUCCACACGAGAUCAACCGAUCAAAGGCAAAGGUAUUCAUUUGCCCUCCAUGCAAAUAUGAUACUCACGUCACCCAAUUUGCAUCAAUGGGAUGGGAGGUGGUCGAGAGAGAAGGCGAGCCCUAUACAAGUACGCGAGAACAUGUUUUACAUUGUCGUGGAACUUUAUUGGAUAAUGAAGUAAAAGAACAAGUAGGUCAAGAACUAUUUGGACGUAAUUAA